AUGCAACAGGGAAAUGAAGACUCUGAUUAUUCGGAGGACUAUUGGAUUGAAUGGUUUCUGAGCAUCAAGGGGAAUGAAUAUUUCUGUGAAAUCGAUACUGAAUUUAUUCUCGACAAAUUCAACUUGACAGGACUUAACACCGAAGUUGUUCAUUUACAAAUGGCAAUAGAUAUCAUUACCGAUAACUUUACACAUACAGGACCUGAACUUAGUGAGAAAGAUCGAGAGAAAUUAGAACAUUCAGCUUCACAUCUUUACGGAUUGAUCCAUGCACGGUACAUUGUCACAUCGCGAGGGUUACAACGAAUGAUGGAGAAAUAUAAGAAUGGAGACUUUGGGUACUGUCCAAGAGUACAUUGUGAAAAGGCUCCUCUUCUACCGAUUGGUUUACAUGAUAUGCCCCACCAGGCCUCGGUUCGGUUGUACUGUCCCAUGUGUGAAGACUUGUAUGUACCGCGCAGCGCUAAACAUGCAAUGAUUGAUGGCGCGUAUUUCGGAACAAGUUUCCCUGGUAUGCUUUUCCAAGUACAUACUUACUUGGUUCCGGAAAAGACAACGGAGAGAUUUGUGCCAAAGAUUUUUGGUUUUAAGAUUCAUGAGCAUGCAAAGUUGGCGAGAUGGCAAGAACGCAAGAGAAUUGAAAUGGAAAAGAAAAUACAAAAGUUUGAGCAGAUUAAGGAAAAGAAAAAAAAUAGUGUAAAUUAA